AUGCAGACGUCGUUCCCGUUAGAGCGGGUUCCACGACUUCGUCGUUUGAAGUUACAAAAUCUUGACAUAUUCAAUGUUUCCAUUGAUGCCCAUCUUGAGUACGUUGAACUAAAUCACAUACACUUGAGGAACCUAUUGAUUUCAGCGAACGAAGUCAAUGUUGUGCAGUUUGACUUACUUGACCAAUCAUUCGCAGCCACCGAACUUAACGAAAACUAUACCCGUCAACAAUUAACUUGUGACCGUGACAUCAAAAUGCCCAAAGCGAUGGACAGUUUGAUUAUUUCUACGGAAGUACCGUGGAAUGGUGCAUAUAUUGAACGACGCGAUGAUCUCAAAUCAUUAUGCAUUGAAUUCGCCAGUUCUUUAGAAAUCACAGUACCCAAAAACUUGGAGAAACUACGAAUUAUCGAUGCUGAAGACCCAGCGGUGGUUCACUUCGUGGAUACAGCGAAACUCGAGUACAUUGAGUUCUUCAAACGUGAAUUGAUACCGCAGUACAAUGACGAUGAAGACGUCACCCCACCAGCGUUCAUCCCUGAUGGGUUUGUGCAAGUUGGGCUUAUGGUGUCGCCCCGACAUUUUGCAAUUGUGGAAGCCUUCUUAAUGAUUUCUGCAACGGCCAAAAUGUAUCAGCGACCAGUAAUCAGGGAUACGUUCCCAGAAAUCAAGAAUGACUAG